GUUGUUGGAAUGCUGACAGAGUCGUACUUGGUACUGUGUUAUGCAGGAUGGUACUAUCACUAGCUGUCACAUAAAGCAGUGAGAGGUGACAGGCGGUGUGGUAUAUGACGAUACCGGAACGGUUUUAGUCACACAGCAACUGCAAAAGGACCGUUCCGUGCGACUACGAGUGAUGCCGGAGCAGAGCAAUGACUAUCGGGUGGUGGUCUUCGGUGCCGGAGGGGUGGGUAAGAGUUCCUUGGUCCUCCGGUUUGUCCGGGGAACUUUCCGGGAGAGUUAUAUCCCGACGAUUGAGGACACUUAUCGCCAGGUGAUCAGCUGUAACAAACAGGUGUGCACCUUGCAGAUCACCGACACGACCGGUAGCCACCAGUUUCGCAUGCAGAGACUCUCCAUCUCCAAAGGACAUGCUUUUAUUCUAGUGUUUUCCAUCACUAGCAGACAGUCGCUGGAAGAGCUCAAACCAAUUUUCGACGAAAUAGUCGAAAUUAAAGGCGACAUUGAAAACAUUCCCAUCAUGCUCGUGGGCAAUAAAUGUGACGAAGUGAACCGCGAGAUCUCGCAGCAGGAAGCCAUGGAACUGGGCCAAACGAUGGAAUUGUGCUUUCUAGAAACGUCGGCAAAGACAAAUUACAACGUAAAAGAGCUUUUCCAAGAACUGCUACAGCUAGAAAAGCGACGGACAAUGUCAUUGCAGCUGGAAACCAAGAAGACAAAGUCACAAAAACGGAAGGAAAAGCUAAAAGGAAAUGCAUUCUCAUGUAGUACCCCACGGUGAAUGGAGUUUCGUAGGCUGUAUUAUAUUGACAUUUGAUGCGCGAUUUUGUACAUUAUAUUGUGAUAACAAAAAAAUAGACUUUGAAAAUGAGUGAAAGGUACAGUUUGUCACUGGGUAUAUGUCCUGUCAUCUCCGGGACCUCUCUAUCAGUGCCACAAAUGUGUUGUUGUGGUUCAGAUCUAGAGAACUAUGGAUUUUUGUCCUUGAACAUUUGUCGUGCUUCUAGUUUUAGUUCUACGCCUGGGGAAAAGACUGGGUAAACUUUUUCAAAAUCUGGUAUUUUCCAGUUGAGCUGAUUCAGCCCAUAGAACUGAGUAAUGCGACCAAAUGGGCUCAGUCGUUGAAGGCCCGAGGCCUUAUUGUUUAACCCACAGACUACUCCAAUGAGUAGCCAAAUUAAUCAACUGAGCCUUCCAUGCAUGACUCAUCCGGUCAGCCCAUAAGCGACUCAGUUUUUGAGUUGAAUUGGGUCAGUUGAAAUCUCACUAUUUUAACGAGUAGGCCCAAACUUUUCAAUUAGCGUAAAUAUACGUGUCUUAUACAUGUACCUUGGUAACUGAAAAAACGUGUACAGACUUUUCAAAGGAAUAGCCAAUACGUUUUGAUUAUUCUGAUGCCUAAUACGUUUGUAUCACAACUGUAUGUGAUAGGCAAUAUGUAAAUAGAAUACAUUGAUGACCGUCAACACAUGUUUUUGUCUAUCGAGUCGUGUUUUUCAAAACCUACCCAAGAAAUCUUACUUUGUAAUCUUAUGAAAAACUCUAAUACAUAGAUAUAAAAAGAUCUCCCGUAUAUGAAGCGAACCAGUAACAUACACUCACGUCAGGAACAUGUUUUUUUGAGCACCUGAAAUUUUGUGUCACCAUUUGCUCUUAUGUUAUCCUUUGUUUUUCAGUCAAGAGGUUUGUCAGGCACAUGUAAUUGGCGAAGGUUGGUGUUUUACUCUGGCCACUCCGGCUACUCCGGUUUUCUUCACCCGUAAACCCAUUUUUAUUCAUUCACUGUUCACCGUAUAAGAUUCAGUAGGUUAUGUACAAGCUUUUAUUAACAAGAGACACAGGGUAUUUUGACACAGAGUGAUACCAUAAAAAAGGAAUAUUGGGACACAACGUCCCUCUCUAUACAAUGUCACAUAUGCCUCGAUACCAGCUUUCGAAUCAGUUCCUUUAAAUGGCGAAGGCACACUUGUACUCAGGUAUCAGAAAUCAAUUAUGAGGGGCCUGCGUGGUUAGGAAGAUGCUAUCAGGUGACAUUUCGAAUUAUUGUGCUGUUAAUUCUUGUUUGAAUCUCAGUUAAUGUCACCCAAUGUCCUUGUUAAAAAUAAAAAUCUAAAACAAAUAGAUUUUUUCCAUUCGUAUUAACGUGUACCUAUGAAAAUGAGCGAAUGACAUGGACAGUUGUUAUAAAUUUGGUUAAGGGAUAUGGAAAAUGAAAGGAAAAUGAGGAAAGGAGCUGCCUGCUGAGCUGUAUUUUGUGUUGGUUGCGUCAUUGCUUGCUGUCAUUAGGUUAGCUCCCAUAUUUUAGUUCCUGACAUAACGUUAAAUAUCAAGGUGGGGGUAAUCUAUGUCAAGUUAUAGUAAAAGAGAAAACGUUGAACUCUCAAUCUAAUCAGCUAAACGACAUUGCAACCGCAAGUCACCUGUCGGCCACUUUCCGGUUUGUUUACUAUGGAAUUCUGCAUUUCCGCUUCUCAUUACCUCUCUUUCAUUGACUAUUUCAGAUACGUAAACUACCGUUGUAUAAGUCGUGCUGGCGCAGGUUUGCCUGUCUCCCCUAGUCAUAAAUAUCCUCACUUUAAUCAAUCUAGCGAUGUCCAACACCAUCAACUGACAUGUACAGUCAAGCAAGGGAGAUUACGCAGUAUCAGCUUUGCUGGCAGGAAGACGGGGUAUCCUCCUUUCGAAAGAAAGCACGGAUAUAUGUAUAUACUAAAUAUGUCACAGCUACACCUCAUGUCUCACAGCUACACUUCAUGUGUCACAGCUACACCUCAUAUGUCACAGCUACACCUCAUGUGUCACAGUCUCCCAUUUUGCAGACUUUAUAAGAUAUCAUGCCAUUGGAUAGAACCUCAGUAGCCCGUCAAUGAUGAAUUGAUCAGCCCACAAACUAGGGCAUUUAUUUCUGAGUCUAUAAUAUAUUAUAUCGUAAAUAUUGAAAACGAUCUCAUUGUUAUUUAUUUGAAAUAUGUCUCGCGUACCCUAGAUCGUUUGGCCGCCUUUAUAUAAAUGUGUAUUUAUGUAUUUAUUUAUUUAUUGUUUCGUUAUAUGAUUAGAGUUAAUGUUUAAUGUAAGAAAUUAACACUGUAUUACAGUGUAAUUAGAUUUAUGGGUUCUGGAUACAGUAAUACACGGAGUAAUCCACCGCCCUUCGCCAGGUACUUCACCAACACUGAAUAGUUUAUGUGUGUUAAGUUAAUAAACAGUGAAUGUACAUGAAUUCUACCCGAUACGUACCUACAUUCAUUUUGUAUUACGCACAGUCUCAAACAUAGAUUUGGCAUCAAAAUGUCUACUAUAGUGUACUACUUCCUUAACACAAUAUGAUAGGCUUGUAUAUCAUGACCAGACUUAGAGCAAGCAUACACUAAGUAUGCAUAGGCAUAUAUUUAGGCCUUUAACAGUAUAUUCUAGAAGCAAAAAAUUAGGUCUAAUUUCAGUAAUGUGCAAUGCAGGCAUUGAUAUAAAAGGUAAGGCUAAUAUUACCGCUGUCUUUCCAUAUAUUUAUGUCUCAUAAUAUUGGUGAACAUCAUUACAGAAAACUCUCCAUACGUUUUAAUAAGCAAAAUUAAUUUCGCUGUUUUUUUUAGUCUUGUACUUAACUUAUUUACAUGUACUUGCAAUGUCACCAACAUGUACAUUACCCAAGAUUUGCAGGUACUCGAUAGUUAACGCUGUAUGUAUUUUUAUAUUUAUGUCUUAUCGGACUAUGUUGAUACUUGUGGGCGUUAUAAUUUCAUAUGAGUCGAGAUUUUUUAUCAUUGGCUACAUAUAUAUAAUAUAGUGCAAUGUUGUUGAGAAGUAUUAUUCUGAAUUAACAUUUGUUAUGUUUAAUGCAAGUGGCUUACGACAGAUUACACAAGAUAUGAUUGUCAUCAUCUUAUUUAUAUUAUAUGUAAGCUUAAUAUUUGUGUGACAAGUCUUUGGCAUUGUUCUCGUGCACAACGUUAAUAAGUUAAGGGUUUACUUAUGUAUGGUUUUGUAAGUAAAUUAUUUAUAUACGAUAUAUGUAUCAGUAAGAAAACAUAUUUGGGCUUUUCUAUAUACAGUGCCUAUAUAUCAAGGAACAUGCCUAAUCGGUGGAAGCCAUCGUUUUGGCUAAGAAAUCCACAGCAGUCCACAGCAGAUGUGGAUAGUUGAAGCGGGCCUGGGUUCUACGGACACGUAACUACCACGCCGAUGCUUGGCCUAUCUAAUGCCUACAGUGCUGAUGGUACAAUCUGGCAUUGUGAAGGUAUAACUUUGAAAGCUUUGUAAAUCCAACCUUUUGCCCAUUUUAUCUGUACCUGAAUUUUCCCAAUUCACCUACGUUUUGUUUAUGACGUCAAUGACAAUUCCACUGGACUAUAGUUACGGUCUAAUUUACCUACAUGUAUACUGAAAUUUAGUACAGGUGUUUACAAGAGGUUCCGGGUAGUUGAUUUUUCGACAUCAGUCUAGACUUAAACGUGUUAUGCCGUUGCUACUGCAAAACUAUGAUUCAGUAAUGCAGUUAUGGUUUACAUUGCCUCCUUACACUUAAAAAAAUAAUUUGUUAAAUUUAACAGUAUGUCUGUUGUCCGAGUGAUGCCAGAAUGUAUUCUGUUAUUAUAACACAAUAUUUUCUCACAUUCAACAUAACAUCCUGUGAGUCUAAUAGAAUGGUUAUGUUGAAUUAAUAGAAUAUGUGUGUUACAUUUAACAGAAUAAUCUGCUGCAUUAAUAUAAUGUAUUCUGUCAUAAAGCAGAUAACAGAGUGUACUGUAAAUCCAUAAAUCAUUACUGAGUUCACUUCAUCACCCUGUAGAAUAAAUACUGUGUACAUGGAGCUGUUUUGUAAAUAGUGACACGGUAAUUAAAUUAGUCAGCGGAGGAAACAGAUUCCCCACCUGUCAGCUGAAACACAACGGAAAACGGUGUGGACUUUUCUUGCAGCUUUCGUUCUAUAGAAAAAACUGCAUAUGCAUUCCAGUUACUGUUGUAGGCUACUUUUGUGAAAAGCACAGACAUCGGUAGUUGAAUGGUAGAAUCCCAUAUCACAUCAGACAAACAUAUUUAUCCCGUAGUAUAUGGAAAUGAAAAAGAGCCGUUAUCCGUGAUGGGAGGACAAAAUAAACACAGUGGUAAAAAAGAAUUUCAAAAUGACAUGAAAUGGAUCAUAUCCUAACCUGUCCAGUAGAUUUAGGAUAUCUCAUGCCUUGAGUAAGACCGCCAAGAAAAACGCAUAUUUGUGGUCUGACAAAAUAUUCGCUUUAGGUUCAUUGUUUGUGCUGUAGACAAAGGCCUUUAUGUAGAUCUUCUUCGUGUCCAGGCUAAAGAUUGAAAUGAUUGGGAAUGAUUACUAAUUGUACGAAGGAUGUGUAGGCUAUUACAUGCCAGUGCUCAUGUUCGACUUUGCCCAGAUAAAC